AGCGCACGGGCGCCGGGGAUUGGUCCGCGGCUGCGCGCGUGGUCUGCGAGGGGGAGGAGUCAACCGAAGGCGCUGAGGUCGCCCUGACGCUUCGUAGUGGUUAGAGCGGCUUUUCUCUCACCUGCGCUCCAGCCUUCUGGAUGGCUGCUGGACUCCAGCUCCCAUCAUGCCUCGCCGCUGGCCACGCUGGCUGAGGCUGAUGGGAGAUGGAGUCCCCACGGCAUCUGGGGGGGGGGCAGGAAGUUGAGGGGCUGAGCGCCGAGGAGCUCCGAGUUCGAAUCGCCACUUGCCCGUGACCCGCUGCCGCCCGGCCUAACCUACCCUGCAGGGGUGUUGUGCAGACAACGUAGCUGACUGAUCCCUGAGGUCUUUAACUCUUCUUUGUAAGUGAUAACUUACAUUCAAAAGGGGGCAAAAUGGCAUUUGUUUCAACGCAAGGACCCACUGUGGUUGACCAAACCACUUUAAUGAAAAAAUACCUCCAGUUUGUGGCAGCUCUCACGGAUGUCAAUACACCUGAUGAAACAAAGCUGAAGAUGAUGCAAGAAGUCAGUGAAAACUUUGAGAAUGUGACGUCAUCCCAGCAGUAUUCCACAUUCCUGGAACACAUCAUUCCUCGCUUCCUUACUUUUCUCCAGGACGGGGAGGUUCAAUUUCUGCAGGAAAAGCCAGCACAGCAACUGAGAAAAUUAGUUCUGGAAAUAAUCCAUAGAAUACCAACAAAUGAACAUCUUCGACCGCACACCAAAAAUAUCUUAUCUGUGAUGUUCAGAUUUCUAGAGACUGAAAAUGAAGAAAAUGUACUUAUUUGUUUGAGGAUAAUCAUUGAAUUGCACAAACAGUUCCGGCCACCAAUCACACAAGAGAUACACCAUUUUUUGGAUUUUGUGAAACAGAUUUACAAGGAGCUUCCAAAAGUAGUGAAUCGAUACUUUGAGAAUCCUCAGGUUAUCCCCGACAACACUGUUCCUACUCCAGAAAUGGUUGGUAUGAUCACGACGAUCGUAGUGAAAGUGAAUCCAGAACGGGACGACAGCGAAACGAGAACGCAUUCAAUAAUUCCUCGAGGCUCUCUCUCCUUGAAGGUGUUAGCCGAGCUGCCCAUUAUUGUUGUCCUUAUGUAUCAGCUGUACAAACUGAACAUCCAUAACGUGGUGGCUGAAUUUGUACCCUUGAUCAUGAAUACAAUUAUUAUUCAGGUGUCCACACAAGCAAGGCAGCAUAAACUUUACAACAAGGAACUGUAUGCUGACUUCAUUGCUGCACAGAUAAAAACGUUGUCGUUCUUGGCCUACAUAAUAAGAAUUUAUCAGGAAUUGGUGGCCAAGUAUUCUCAGCAAAUGGUAAAAGGCAUGUUGCAGUUGCUGUCAAACUGUCCUGCAGAAACAGCUCACCUGAGAAAGGAGCUUCUCAUCGCAGCUAAGCAUAUUCUGACCACGGACCUGAGGAGCCAAUUUAUUCCGUGCAUGGACAAAUUGUUCGAUGAAUCCAUACUAAUAGGCUCUGGGUACACGGCCCGUGAAACCCUGAGGCCCCUUGCAUACAGCACUUUAGCAGAUCUGGUUCAUCAUGUCCGACAGCACUUGCCGCUCAAUGACCUCUCCCUUGCUGUCCAGUUAUUUGCUAAGAAUAUUGAUGACGAAUCAUUGCCCAGCAGUAUCCAGACCAUGUCAUGCAAACUUCUGCUAAAUCUCGUGGACUGCAUUCGUUCCAAGAGUGAACAGGAAAAUGGAAAUGGCAGAGACAUCCUCAUGAGGAUGUUGGAGGUUUUCGUCCUUAAAUUCCACACCAUUGCCCGCUAUCAGCUCUCCGUGAUCUUUAAAAAGUGCAAGCCGCAGUCUGAACUUGGGGCAGGGGAAGCCGCUUUGCCCAGCGUGCCGGCUGGAGGAACUGCCGCUCCGGUUCCUGUUCCCUCCCCUGCUCCCACCACUCCCGUGGCCCCUGCCCCGGGGCCUGUCUUUGAGAAGCAAGGGGAGAAGGAGAAGGAAGAUAAGCAAACAUUCCAAGUCACGGAUUGCCGAAGCUUGGUCAAAACCUUGGUCUGCGGUGUCAAGACCAUUACGUGGGGUAUCACUUCUUGCAAAGCGCCUGGUGAAGCUCAGUUCAUUCCCAAUAAGCAGCUGCAACCUAAAGAGACACAGAUAUACAUCAAGCUGGUCAAAUAUGCAAUGCAAGCUUUGGAUAUUUAUCAGGUUCAAAUAGCUGGAAAUGGGCAGACGUACAUCCGAGUUGCAAAUUGCCAGACUGUCAGGAUGAAAGAGGAGAAGGAGGUCCUGGAGCAUUUUGCCGGCGUCUUCACAAUGAUGAACGCUCUGACUUUUAAAGAAAUCUUCCAGACGACAGUUCCGUACAUGGUUGAAAGAAUCUCUAAAAACUAUGCCCUUCAGAUUGUUGCCAAUUCUUUCUUGGCCAACCCAACUACCUCAGCUCUGUUUGCCACAAUCCUGGUGGAGUAUCUUUUGGACCGGUUGCCUGAGAUGGGCUCGAACGUGGAGCUCUCCAACCUGUAUCUCAAACUUUUCAAGUUAGUCUUUGGCUCCGUUUCACUUUUUGCGGCGGAAAACGAGCAGAUGCUUAAGCCACACCUCCACAAGAUUGUGAACAGCUCCAUGGAACUUGCACAGACAGCCAAGGAGCCCUACAACUAUUUCUUGCUGCUCAGAGCUCUCUUCCGAUCGAUUGGAGGAGGGAGCCACGAUCUCCUGUAUCAGGAAUUCUUGCCCUUGUUACCAAACCUACUGCAAGGACUUAACAUGCUGCAAAGCGGCUUGCAUAAGCAGCACAUGAAGGAUUUGUUUGUAGAGCUCUGCCUCACUGUGCCAGUACGACUGAGCUCCCUCCUUCCUUAUUUGCCAAUGUUGAUGGACCCCUUGGUGUCUGCCUUGAAUGGAUCCCAGACGCUGGUCAGCCAGGGCCUGCGGACUCUGGAACUGUGUGUGGAUAACCUACAGCCAGACUUCCUGUAUGAUCACAUUCAACCUGUGCGGGCAGAGCUUAUGCAGGCUUUGUGGCGGACACUGCGCAAUCCAGCAGAGAACAUUUCCCACGUUGCUUAUCGUGUGCUUGGCAAAUUUGGUGGAAGCAACAGAAAAAUGCUGAAGGAGUCUCAGAAGUUGCAGUAUGUCAUGACGGAGAUUCAAGGCCCCAGUAUUACGGCGGAGUUCUCUGACUGCAAAGCAUCGAUCCAGCUCCCAAUGGAGAAGGCCAUCGAGACUGCCUUGGACUGCUUGAAGAGUGCGAACACAGAGCCAUACUACCGGAGGCAGGCCUGGGAGGUGAUCAAAUGUUUCUUGGUGGCCAUGAUGAGCCUGGAUGAUAACAAGCAUGCUUUGUAUCAGCUUCUUGCCCAUCCCAACUUUACUGAGAAGUCGAUUCCCAGCGUAAUCAUUUCCCAUCGGUACAAAGCCCAGGACACACCUGCCCGUAAGACGUUUGAGCAGGCGUUGACAGGGGCGUUCAUGUCGGCAGUGAUCAAAGACUUGCGUCCCAGCGCUCUUCCAUUUGUAGCCAGCUUAAUUCGGCAUUACACCAUGGUGGCAGUUGCCCAGCAGUGCGGUCCAUUCUUGCUUCAGUGUUACCAGGUUGGAAGCCAGCCCAGCACGGCCAUGUUCCACAGUGAAGAAAAUGGAUCCAAAGGCAUGGAUCCCUUGGUGCUUAUUGAUGCCAUCGCCAUCUGCAUGGCGUACGAGGAGAAAGAGCUCUGCAAAAUUGGAGAAGUGGCGCUAGCUGUGAUAUUUGAUGUUGCCAGUAUCAUCCUGGGAUCGAAGGAAAGGGCUUGCCAGCUUCCCUUGUUCUCGUACAUCGUGGAGCGGCUGUGCGCUUGUUGCUAUGAACAAGCCUGGUACGCGAAGCUCGGGGGAGUGGUGUCCAUCAAAUUUCUCAUGGAGCGGCUGCCUCUCAUUUGGGUUCUCCAGAAUCAACAGACUUUCCUGAAGGCACUGCUGUUUGUCAUGAUGGACCUAACAGGAGAGGUUUCGAACGGAGCAGUUGCUAUGGCCAAAACCACUCUGGAACAGCUCCUGAUCAGGUGUGCAACGCCUCUGAAAGAUGAAGAGAAAACAGAAGACAUCCUCUCGGCCCAGGAAAAGUCUUUCCAUCACGUGACCCACGACCUGGUGCGAGAGGUGACUUCUCCAAACUCCACUGUAAGGAAGCAAGCGAUGCACUCCUUGCAGGUGCUUGCCCAAGUCACGGGGAAGAGCGUCACUGUGAUCAUGGAGCCGCAUAAAGAGGUCCUCCAAGACAUGGUUCCUCCGAAAAAGCACUUACUUAGGCAUCAACCUGCAAAUGCCCAGAUUGGUUUGAUGGAGGGGAACACAUUCUGCACCACACUUCAACCCAGACUUUUCACCAUGGAUCUAAAUGUUGUAGAGCACAAAGUGUUCUAUACAGAGCUGUUGAAUUUAUGUGAGGCUGAAGACUGUGCUUUGAUGAAAUUGCCCUGCUACAAGAGUCUUCCUUCAUUGGUACCUCUUCGGAUUGCAGCACUGAAUGCCUUAGCUGCCUGCAAUUAUUUGCCGCAGUCGAGAGAGAAAAUCAUUGCUGCGCUUUUCAAGGCACUUAACUCAACAAACAAUGAACUCCAGGAGGCAGGAGAGGCUUGCAUGAGAAAGUUUUUGGAAGGUGCUACGAUUGAAGUUGACCAGAUUCACACACACAUGAGGCCUCUGCUUAUGAUGUUGGGCGAUUACCGAAGUUUGACGCUAAAUGUGGUGAACCGCCUAACUUCAGUGACCCGGCUGUUCCCGAACUCCUUUAAUGACAAAUUCUGCGAUCAAAUGAUGCAACACCUGCGUAAAUGGAUGGAAGUGGUAGUUAUUACACACAAAGGAGGACAGAGGAGUGAUGGAAAUGAAAUGAAGAUUUGCUCAGCAAUUAUAAACCUGUUUCAUCUGAUCCCAGCUGCUCCUCAGACACUCGUUAAACCCUUACUGGAAGUUGUGAUGAAAACAGAACGGGCUAUGUUGAUAGAGGCUGGCAGUCCGUUCAGGGAACCAUUAAUAAAGUUUCUGACGCGUCAUCCAUCACAGACGGUUGAGUUGUUCAUGAUGGAAGCAACCUUAAAUGAUCCACAGUGGAGCAGGAUGUUCAUGAGCUUUUUAAAACAUAAAGAUGCGAAGCCACUGCGUGAUGUUCUGGCAGCUAAUCCAAAUCGCUUCAUCACAUUAUUGAUACCCGUCGGUACUCAAGCGGCCGUUCGCCCUGGCUCUCCCAGCACCAGCACAAUGCGCCUUGAUCUCCAGUUUCAGGCUAUCAAGAUCAUAAGUAUUAUAGUGAAGAACGAUGAGUGCUGGCUGGCGAACCAGCAUUCCUUAGUGAGCCAGCUCAGGCGAGUGUGGGUCAGCGAAGCUUUUCAGGAAAGGCACCGCAAGGAGAACAUGGCAGCCACAAACUGGAAGGAGCCAAAGCUUCUGGCGUACUGCUUAUUGAAUUACUGCAAGCGAAAUUAUGGUGACAUAGAGCUGCUCUUCCAGCUUCUCCGGGCCUUUACCGGCCGUUUCCUCUGCAACAUGACUUUCUUAAAAGAAUACAUGGAAGAAGAGAUUCCCAAAAAUUACACCAUUGCCCAAAAACGGGCACUCUUCUUCCGCUUUGUUGACUUCAGUGAUCCCAACUUUGGAGAUGAGCUUAAGGCCAAGGUUCUGCAACACAUUCUGAAUCCAGCUUUCUUGCACAGCUUUGAAAAGGGAGAAGGUGAACAGCUUCUGGGGCCCCCUAACCCAGAAGGAGAUAACCCCGAAAGCAUCACCAGUGUAUUUAUAACAAAGGUACUUGAUCCAGAAAAGCAAGCUGACAUGCUCGACUCGCUCAGGAUUUACCUCUUGCAGUUUGCCACUCUUCUCGUGGAGCAUGCCCCGCACCACAUUCACGACAACAACAAGAACCGCAACAGCAAGCUGCGGCGCCUCAUGACCUUUGCCUGGCCCUGCCUGCUCUCGAAGGCAUGCGUGGAUCCAGCCUGCAAAUACAGCGGACACUUGCUCCUAGCGCACAUCAUCGCCAAGUUCGCCAUCCACAAGAAGAUAGUUUUACAGGUGUUUCACAGCCUCCUGAAGGCUCAUGCAAUGGAGGCGCGAGCCAUUGUCCGGCAAGCCAUGGCUAUUCUGACGCCAGCAGUGCCUGCUCGGAUGGAAGAUGGCCACCAGAUGCUGACCCACUGGACAAGGAAAAUCAUAGUGGAAGAAGGUCACACCGUUCCCCAGCUAGUCCAUAUUUUGCAUUUAAUAGUCCAGCACUUCAAGGUUUACUAUCCGGUGAGGCACCAUUUAGUGCAGCACAUGGUGAGUGCCAUGCAGAGACUGGGCUUCACUCCCAGUGUUACUAUCGAGCAAAGGAAGCUGGCUGUGGACCUGGCAGAAGUGGUCAUCAAAUGGGAAUUGCAAAGAAUCAAAGAUCAGCAGCCGGAUUCCGAUAUGGAUCAGGGUGCCAGUAGCGAAGGAGCCAGUUCCGCCUCAUCUGCUGUGAAGAGGGGGCUUUCGGUCGAUUCGGGCCAAGAAGUGAAGCGGUUCAGGACUGCGACGGGGGCAAUAAGUGCAGUAUUCGGACGCAGCCAAUCGCUGCCUGGGGCUGAUGCGCUCCUUUCAAAGCCCAUUGACAAGCAACACACGGAUACGGUCAUCAACUUCCUCAUUAGAAUUGCUUGCCAGGUAAAUGACAACUCAAACACGGCUGGGUCUCCAGGAGAAUUGCUCUCUCGACGUUGUGUCAACCUUCUGAAGACAGCUUUACGACCAGACAUGUGGCCGAAAUCAGAGCUCAAACUGCAGUGGUUUGAUAAGCUUCUAAUGACUGUGGAACAGCCCAACCAGGCCAACUUUGCCAAUAUCUGUACUGGAUUGGAGGUUCUCAGCUUUCUCCUUACCGUACUCCAGUCUCCAGCUAUUCUGAGUAGCUUCAAACCUCUGCAGCGAGGGAUUGCCUCUUGCAUGACAUGUGGAAACACCAAAGUUCUAAGAGCUGUUCACAGCCUCCUUUCUCGCUUAAUGAGCAACUUUCCUACAGAACCAAUUAACUGUGGCGUAGGUACUUCAAGUGUUGCCUCAAAGUAUGAAGAACUGGAGUGUCUCUACGCAGCCGUUGGGAAAGUUAUUUAUGAAGGACUUACUAAUUAUGAAAAAGCUACAAAUGCCAAUCCUUCUCAACUCUUUGGUACCUUAAUGAUUUUGAAGUCUGCAUGCAGCAACAAUCCCAGCUACAUAGACAGAUUGAUUUCGGUCUUCAUGCGAUCUCUUCAGAAGAUGGUGAGGGAACACUUAAACCAACAGACCCAGGCAGGGGCAGCGGAAGCAAACACAGCUGGUACAAGUGAAUUGGUCAUGCUGAGCUUGGACUUGGUGAAAACCCGCCUUGCUGUGAUGAGCAUGGAAAUGAGGAAAAACUUCAUCCAAGCUAUUCUGACAUCCCUCAUUGAGAAGUCAAACGAUGCCAAAAUCCUCCGCGCUGUGGUCAAAAUUGUGGAAGAAUGGGUGAAGAACAACUCUCCAAUGGCUGCCAACCAGACACCUACGCUCCGAGAGAAGUCCAUUUUGCUAGUAAAAAUGAUGACCUACAUUGAAAAACGUUUUCCAGAAGACCUUGAAUUAAAUGCCCAGUUUUUAGACCUUGUUAACUAUGUCUAUAGGGACGAAAACCUUUCGGGCAGCGAGCUUACCGCUAAACUUGAACCAGCCUUCCUUUCGGGACUCCGUUGUGCUCAGCCGCUCAUCAGAGCCAAAUUUUUCGAGGUUUUUGACAACUCCAUGAAGCGCCGUGUCUACGAGCGCCUGCUUUAUAUCACCUGUUCUCAAAACUGGGAAGCCAUGGGAAGCCACUUUUGGAUCAAGCAGUGCAUUGAGCUCUUGCUGGCUGUAUGCGAAAGAAACACCACAAUUGGGACCAGCUGCCAAGGUGCCAUGCUGCCAUCCAUCACAAAUGUCAUCAACCUAGCUGACAGCCACGACCGGGCAGCAUUUGCUAUGGUGACCCACGUCAAGCAGGAGCCUCGUGAAAGAGAAAACAGUGAAUCCAAGGAAGAGGAUGUGGAGAUAGACAUUGAGUUGGCUCCAGGUGAUCAGACUAGUACACCCAAAACCAAAGAGCUUUCUGAAAAGGACAUCGGCAACCAGUUGCACAUGCUAACCAACCGGCACGAUAAAUUUCUCGACUCUCUUCGGGAAGUGAAGACCGGAGCCCUGCUAAGUGCCUUUGUGCAGCUGUGCCAUAUUUCCACGCCCUUAGCUGAAAGGACCUGGAUCCAGCUGUUCUCCAGAUUGUGGAAAAUCCUAUCGGAUAGACAGCAACAUGCCCUUGCAGGAGAAAUCAGCCCGUUCUUGUGUAGCGGGAGCCAUCAAGUGCAGCGGGACUGCCAGCCUAGUGCACUGAACUGUUUCGUGGAGGCCAUGUCUCAGUGUGUCCCUCCCAUUCCAAUCAGGCCCUGUGUGCUAAAGUACCUGGGUAAAACACACAACCUCUGGUUCCGUUCGACUCUGAUGCUGGAGCACCAAGCCUUUGAGAAAGGACUCAGUCUCCAGAUUAAGCCUAAGCACUGCACUGAGUUUUAUGAACAGGAAAGCAUAACUCCUCCUCAACAGGAAAUACUCGAUUCUCUCGCGGAGCUGUACUGUCUAUUACAAGAGGAGGACAUGUGGGCUGGAUUGUGGCAGAAACGCUGUAAAUUUCCGGAGACAGCAACUGCUAUUGCUUACGAGCAACAUGGCUUCUUUGAGCAGGCGCAGGAAACCUAUGAGAAAGCAAUGGAGAAAGCGAAGAAAGAACAUGAAAGAAGCAAUGCUUCCCCAGCCAUUUUUCCAGAGUAUCAGCUCUGGGAGGACCACUGGAUUCGGUGCUCCAAAGAGUUGAACCAGUGGGAAGCUCUGACGGAGUACGGCCAAUCGAAGGGUCAUAUAAACCCCUACCUAGUCUUGGAAUGUGCGUGGCGCAUCUCAAACUGGACCGCCAUGAAGGAGGCGCUGGUGCAGGUGGAGUUGAGUUGCCCCAAAGAGAUGGCAUGGAAAGUCAACAUGUACCGUGGAUACCUGGCAAUCUGCCAUCCCGAGGAACAACAGCUCAACUACAUAGAGCGUCUGGUUGAAAUGGCCAGCGGCUUGGCUAUCCGGGAAUGGCGAAGACUUCCUCAGGUGGUUUCACACGUUCACACGCCCCUUCUUCAGGCAGCACAGCAAAUAAUUGAACUUCAGGAAGCAGCCCAAAUAAACGCAGGGUUACAGCCGGCCAAUCUUGGGAGGAAUAACAGCCUGCAUGACAUGAAGACGGUUGUGAAAACUUGGAGGAACAGGUUGCCAAUUGUGUCGGACGACUUGUCCCACUGGAGCAGCAUUUUCAUGUGGAGGCAACAUCAUUACCAAGCCAUCGUCGGUGCAUAUGAGAACAGCACUCAGCACGAUCCUAGCUCCAAUAAUGCCAUGCUGGGAGUCCACGCUUCAGCCUCCGCCAUUAUCCAGUAUGGGAAGAUCGCUCGGAAGCAAGGGCUGGUCAACGUGGCUCUGGACAUCUUGAGUCGCAUUCACACUAUUCCAACGGUCCCAAUUGUGGAUUGCUUCCAGAAGAUCCGACAGCAAGUCAAAUGCUACCUCCAGCUGGCUGGAGUCAUGGGCAAAAACGAGUGCAUGCAGGGCCUUGAGGUUAUUGAAUCAACAAAUCUGAAGUAUUUUACCAAGGAGAUGACUGCAGAGUUCUACGCGCUGAAGGGAAUGUUUUUGGCUCAGAUUAACAAGUCUGAGGAAGCAAACAAAGCCUUCUCUGCAGCUGUGCAGAUGCAUGACGUUCUAGUGAAAGCUUGGGCAAUGUGGGGAGACUACUUGGAAAAUAUAUUUGUGAAGGAGCGUCAGCUGCAUCUCGGGGUCUCGGCAAUCACUUGCUACCUGCAUGCCUGUCGCCAUCAGAAUGAGAGCAAGUCCAGGAAGUAUUUGGCAAAGGUCCUUUGGCUACUGAGCUUUGACGAUGACAAGAACACGCUAGCAGAUGCUGUUGACAAGUACUGCAUUGGAGUCCCCCCUAUCCAAUGGCUGGCUUGGAUUCCACAGCUGUUAACCUGUCUGGUUGGGUCAGAAGGGAAACUUCUGUUAAACCUUAUUAGUCAGGUUGGGAGAGUAUAUCCCCAGGCAGUCUACUUUCCUAUUCGGACCCUCUACUUGACACUGAAGAUAGAACAGCGGGAGCGCUACAAAAGUGAUUCUGGACAGCAGCAGCCAAGUUCAGUUGGAAACCAAUCCCAUUCGGCUUCGGACCCUGGGCCAAUCAGAGCCACAGCUCCCAUGUGGCGUUGCAGUCGAAUUAUGCACAUGCAGAGGGAAUUGCACCCCACACUCCUCUCCUCUCUGGAAGGGAUUGUGGAUCAGAUGGUCUGGUUCAGAGAAAACUGGCACGAAGAGGUCCUUCGGCAGCUUCAGCAAGGCCUGGCAAAGUGCUACUCUGUCGCCUUUGAGAAGAGCGGAGCGGUUUCAGAUGCCAAAAUCACCCCACACACGCUGAAUUUUGUCAAGAAGUUGGUCAGCACCUUUGGUGUCGGUCUGGAGAACGUUUCCAAUGUCUCCACCAUGUUUUCCAGUGCUGCUUCGGAGUCGCUAGCGAGGAGAGCCCAGGCGACGGCUCAAGACCCUGUCUUCCAGAAACUGAAAGGGCAGUUCACAACAGAUUUCGACUUCAGCGUGCCAGGCUCCAUGAAGCUCCACAAUCUUAUUUCUAAGCUGAAGAAAUGGAUCAAAAUUCUCGAGGCAAAAACAAAGCAGCUUCCCAAGUUCUUCCUCAUAGAGGAAAAGUGCCGAUUCCUGAGCAACUUCUCAGCCCAAACAGCCGAAGUGGAAAUUCCUGGAGAGUUCCUUAUGCCAAAGCCGACACAUUAUUACAUCAAGAUUGCAAGGUUUAUGCCCAGAGUGGAAAUAGUACAAAAGCAUAACACUGCAGCCAGAAGACUCUAUAUCCGAGGCCAUAAUGGAAAGAUUUACCCGUAUCUCGUAAUGAACGACGCUUGCCUGACAGAGUCCCGCAGAGAGGAACGAGUGUUACAGCUCCUUCGCCUCCUCAACCCCUGUUUGGAGAAGAGGAAGGAAACCACAAAGAGGCAUCUCUUUUUCACAGUCCCCCGAGUCGUGGCGGUCUCUCCACAGAUGCGCCUGGUCGAAGACAAUCCUUCAUCUCUCUCCCUCGUGGAGAUCUACAAGCAGCGCUGCGCCAAGAAGGGGAUUGAGCACGACAGCCCGAUUUCUCGCUACUAUGACAGACUGGCAACCGUCCAAGCGCGAGGGACCCAGGCCAGCCAUCAGGUUCUCCGUGAUAUUCUGAAAGAGGUGCAGGGCAACAUGGUGCCGCGGAGCAUGCUGAAAGAGUGGGCUUUGCACACCUUCCCAAACGCCACCGAUUACUGGACCUUCCGGAAGAUGUUCACCAUCCAGUUGGCACUGAUCGGGUUUGCAGAAUUUGUCUUCCAUUUGAACAGACUUAACCCUGAGAUGCUGCAAAUAGCUCAGGAUACUGGCAAACUGAAUGUGGCAUACUUCCGUUUUGAUAUCAAUGAUGCUACGGGGGAUCUUGACGCCAACCGCCCCGUCCCGUUUCGACUCACGCCAAACAUUUCUGAGUUCCUCACUACUAUUGGCGUUUCUGGUCCACUCACUGCAUCUAUGAUUGCAGUCGCUCGCUGUUUCGCACAACCAAACUUUAAGGUUGAUGGCAUCCUGAAGACUGUGUUGCGGGACGAAAUAAUUGCUUGGCACAAGAAGACCCAAGAGGAUACUUCCUCCCCGCUCUCGGCAGCAGGGCAGCCGGAGAACAUGGACAGCCAGCAGCUGGUUUCGCUGGUUCAGAAAGCCGUGACCGCCAUCAUGACUCGCCUGCAUAACCUGGCUCAGUUCGAAGGGGGGGAGAGCAAAGUUAACACCCUGGUUGCUGCGGCAAACAGCCUGGACAACCUCUGCCGCAUGGAUCCCGCCUGGCACCCCUGGCUCUGACUCGGCAGCGUGAAGUUCUUGUGGCCUGCAGCUGCGGUGGGGAGAAGGGUGGGGAAAUGUGGACACUUCUUUGUGAACCAUGCCUUGCUUUGCCACUACAUCUCCACCCGUCCUGACCCCGCCUUUUCAUCAGUCUUUGGUGUGAUCAUGUUUACAGAAGUACCGCCGCCUCUUCGCCCCUCGAAGUCAUUUUUGCAUGCUUAUUGUCCAAGGAUCGCUCCUUUGAAGUGGCUCGGGGAGAGAAGACUCGGAACAGCGCAGUGAACCAUCUCCUGCUUCGUGCUGCCGCGAGGAUGUGCUUGUGGCUCAGAAGCUGCAGGCCUACUUGUUCAAACUUUUUGUUUUAUUUCAAGAACACUUUAAAGGAAUUCGUAUCCACACGUUGUGGGUCUUCCUGCGUGACGUUCCUGUUUUUCAUUUUAUAAAAAGUGUUUUCUUUGUUGUUUACCUUCCGGUUGGUGCAAAGACUGCUGGAAUGAAUGCAGUCAGAAAUAUGUGUGCAUCGCAGUGGUUUUGUACAGUGGUUUUGUAACAAAAUGUAUAGAGGGGGCGAUUGCUCUUUUUGGGUCACUAUGGGGUGAGAAAUGAUCAAAUUGUGCUGGUUUUCUCCCUAACUGUUGCUGUGCAUUGUACAGAUGGACCCAUUUCUGAAACCUAGUUUAGAGGCUUACUUCUGUGUAGAAGGAGCACUGUAAAAGUGAAUUUGUCAUCCAUUAAGUUGCAUAUUUUGAUGGAACCAGUGCAACACAAGUCAGAAAGUAUAAGAUAAGCUGGUUAUUUCUUGAGCUUUGCCAUCUUUAAAUGUGUAUCAUUAAGUAGCUUCUCAAGGAAACAUUUUUAGUUUUGACCUUUGUAAUUUAAAAGAAAGGGGGUGAAGAAAUGGCUUUUAUUUGGGUCCAUGUUAGCAUUUUUUAUAUAAAAAAAAAACUUUCAGUGUUGAGAAUGUUACAGUUCAAAUUUGUACAGAGCGAACUUUUUCAAAAUAAAUAUUUUCUAAAAUGA